UAAAGAUUUUGGUGUAGAAGAAAAUAAGUAGUAAUCAUGCAACGUUCUCAAGAUCAGAGGAUUAAUCUUGGUGAAAUGAAAGGUCAUAUUGUGAAGAAGAUUGGUGUUGAGAGAUCUAAAAAGUAUUUUAGUUACCUAAGUAGGUUUCUGGCUCAGAAGCUUAGUAAGAGGGAGUUUGAUAAGUCAUGUUUCAGGCUGUUAGGGAGGGAGAAUCUCUCUCUACACAACCAGUUGAUACGUUCCAUCUUGAGAAACGCAACUGUCUCCAAGUCUCCACCAACAGUUCAAGAUUUGGCCAAACCUGUUCAGAGUAGAGGAGAUGGAUCUUUAGUCCCUAACCAUAAUAGUCAGAAUGGUCCUGUUUUGUCAAAAUCCAAUGGCGUUUUGCCCAUCUCUCCGAGGAAAGUUAGGUCUGGGAUGCGUGACAGGAAGGUGAGAGAGUCAAAUGGGAAGGUUGAACAUAUGUCUCCACUUUGUAGAGAAAACGGGGAUUUGAGUAGAUUUGAUCAUCAAAGAUCAGGCAGAUAUGAUGAAAGAGACGGUGAGUUUCUUGGUCCAAGUAAAGAUCAGGUUGCAACUGCAGCAGUGAGAGAUGAUGAUGAAAAUGUAUCACUGAGUCCUCUGGUUGCACCUCUAGGGAUUUCGUUUUGUUCAGCUAGUGUUGGUGGUGGUGGGUACCGUAGAACGGUUCCUGUUUCAACCGUAAUGAGUUGCUGCUACGACAGUGGUGGAUUACUACCAGACACAGAGAUGUUGAGGAAAAGGAUGGAGAGUAUUGCAGUAGCACAUGGUCUUGAAGGUGUUUCGAUGGAGUGUGCUAAUACGUUGAAUACUAUGUUGGAUGUGUAUCUCAAGAAGCUGAUCAAAUCUUGCAGUUAUAGAGACAAGCAGGAUAGUCAGACUCGGAACAACGGUUUGCAAAUACACACUCGGAACGGACCUUAUGACAGAACACAACAAGAUCAUCACUCUGUCUCUCUGCUUGAUUUUAGAACGGCCAUGGAGUUAAAUCCACAGCAGCUUGGAGAAAAUUGGUCAACUCUCCGAGAGAGAAUUUCCCUGCGGUCUUUCGAGGAACAAGACUUGGAGGUGUGAAAGAAAUCUUGGAUUAGAUAAUGUCUUGAGUUCAGCCUGCUCUCGUCCAGAAGGGGAAAGAGAGUGAAGUCAGAACAGGUUAGUGGAUUAUUAUUGAAAUGCAAUUGAUCCCAAACCAAGAUACAUGUUGUAAGUUAGCAAGUUAUUGGCAAAUCUCAAAGAGUUUCGAGCUUUGUUGUGUGUAUACUGAGUUUUUGGCAGAGAUUGCAAAGGUACAAUGUCAAUUAAUAGCUGCAGUUUUGCUCUGUUUGUAACUUAGCAUUUGUUUAGAAUUCAUAUCAAUUAAUAAUAACAAAUUUGAC